AUGCCGCCAAAGAAGGAGAAGAAACCGGCGUUUGAUGCCAAGUCUAUGGUCUUGGCAAAAAUGACCGGCUUUCCCGCCUGGCCGCUGUUUGUCAUGCCCCCUGACAUGAUUCCCUCUGCCAUUAUGGCAGCCAAGAAGAAAACCACAAACUUGUGUGUGAUAUUUAUCCCCGACGGCGACUUCAACUGGAUGAACGAGAAGCUGUUGGAGGUUUUGUCACCGGACAAAUUGCAGGCCAAAUUGAGCAAAUUUCCAAAGGAUAAGUUGAAGGCCAAACCCAAGAAGAAAUCCGGCCGCACCACCAACGUGGCUGAGGCCCUUUUGGCAGCCACUAAUCUCGACUUUGACGACUUUAUGGAGGAAUUGGCCCGCCAAAAUAAGGGCUUUGCCCAGCAGAACGAUGAAGAUGAUGAUGAAGAUGAAGAAGAAGACGAGGUUGAAGAUCCGCAGGACGAAGUCGAUAAUGACGAAGACGCGCCAUCAGCUGCCAACCCAAUUGACGACAAUGAUGAAGAACAAAUCCAUGAGUCUAACGAGUCAAAUGUUUCGAAUGAAUCCCACGAGUCCAACGAAUCCCACGGGUCCCCCUCUUCCAUUCACGACGGUGGAAUAGACAACGCGAUGCAGACGGACAUUGCCAAAAGAGGCCGACGCAAGGACGCAAUUGCACACUCUACACUGGAUGAAGAAGAAAUAGAAGAAGAAGACGAGCUCGAAAACGGUGAAGAUCAAGAUGAUUCAGAUAGUGGGGUGCGCAAGCGCACGCGGAAUUCCCGAACCACGAACGGAACUCGCAAAAGAAUAUCGCCAGGUACUGGCAAUGGCAAGGCCAAAAAUGGCGACAGUCAAAAGGCAGAUGCUCGGUCAUCGUCGCCAAAACCACUCACGGAAAAGGACCGCCAGCAUCAGCUUUGGCUCUGUCGCAUCAAACUACAACGAUCUUUAAUCCAGCGCAAUCAGCCUGCCACUCCCCGGGACCCCAAGCAGUUCCCACCACCAACGGUGGACGAAUUGCUGGUGGCACGUAUCAUCUUGCAUCGUCUUGCCGACUUUCCCGUUUCUGUCGAUCUUUUACGAGAAACAAAGAUACAUAAGGUGCUCAAAUGCAUCUUGAAAGACGAGGAUUUGGAAUAUCCAGACAGCUUUCGGUUGCAUGAGAAAUGCGAGGAGUUGCUAGAGAAAUGGAAGGGUAUGGUUGAGAGUCUUAAGCAAGAAAAGCAGGCGAGAUUUGAGUCUCGCCUUAGCAGCCAGGUGCCUGAGGACUCAGAGAUCUCGGGCAUUGAGACCAAACGAACCCUUGAAGGUGACCACGCCGAAAAGUUGAAGGUGUGA